AUCAGUCAUUUCGUUGCAAAAUGCUCUGGGACGAUUUGAAAACCGGAACUAGAUUUAUCUAUAAUGAGAUGUGGGUUGUAAACAAAGUUUGGCAUGUGAUUAGAAGACGAAGUUAUCGCGAUGGAUGAAAUUCUAAACGAAGUUAAGGAACUGUCAGUUGUAGAAUUAAGGACUAAAUUGAUAGAAGUAGGAGAAAAGGUAGGACCAAUCACUGCCACGACACAAAAUUUGUUUCAAAAACGUCUAGCAAAACGAUUGUACCAGAUACAGCAUCCAGAAUUAUUAACCAGUGAAGCAAAGGAAAAGGAUGUAGUCAAUAAUAACGCUACCCCAGACAAUGUAGAGCCUGUGAAAAGUGUAGCUAAAGUGAAAGAGGAUACAGUGGAUUCUAAAACGUCCGAUGACGUUCCGUCUGUAUUCUUCGGGGUCUGUCUUCCACAUGGGGUAGACAAGAAAGAAACAGAAGAUGAAGAAUUGGUAUUCAAAGACAAAGUACAGGCUCUACAGGCUGUUAAAAAGUAUGCUGGGGCCAGGUUUAAAGUCUUCAAGUCAAAACAAGAUGCCAGACUUUUCAGUCAGUCUUCAGCUGAUGAGCCAUCUCCAUCACCAUGGAAACCGUCAUCUCCAAAGGCAACAGAUGGCUUUAUAUCAACAAUGGGCACAGGAGUAUCUUUUGAAAGCUCGCCAUACAAAGCACCUAAAGUACAGGAGAUAUCUAAGUUUAGAUUAGCCCUAGAACAAGGGGACACAACCACCAUAGAAACACUAGUGUGGGAAAAUCCAAGGUUCCUUAUCAGCAGUGCUGAUACACCAUUAAUUAUACAGGAAGGACCAAGAUACAAUGCUUUACAUGUAGCAGCCAAGAGUAACCAGCCACAAGUCUGUCAGCUGAUACUGGAUAUCUUAGAGGAUCCAAGCUUCCUUGAUAAGCUCUAUGGGCACACUAAAGAAACUGAGUGUACCAGGACAGAUAGAAUGAACUUUGUUGUUGAUUUGUAUCUCAACACUCCCGAUAAAGGGUGUUGUGAAUCACCUCUACAUUUUGCCUGUAAGUUUGGAUACACAGAUGUGGUAGCAGUCCUGGCAUCUCAUCCAAAAGUUGACAAAAUCCUAAAGAACAAAUAUGCAGAAACUCCAAGAGAUGUAAUAUGCACCAGAUUAAAAACUCCUACUCAAGAUCAGAAAGCUGAGAUCAAAGAUUUACUAGAAGGUCAGUUUUAUGUCCCGUUACUGAGAGCAGAAGAUAAUACUACUCAGCCUCUCAUUGGCCAGCCCUGGUCACCUGACAGUUCCAAGGUGCCUUUGAAUGUAGCUACUGGUACCUGGAGUCCAAAAGAUCCUCUCAUGGCUGUCAAGGCUUGUGCUGGUCCUAUGACACCUUCAAAGGCAAUGUUAUUCCACAAGAGAUGGAUGACUCCUCCCUCUGGUAGUCCUGACCAUGUCAAACAGAAAUUUGUCUUCACAAAACGAGAGGAUAGUGAUAAAGGGGUUGAGAGAAUAGGAAGAGAGUUAGCUCAUGAGUACCAAAUACCAUGGGUAGAAUACUGGACCUUCUUACAGACCUACGCUGAUCUUACUACAGAAGAUGGACUAGAUCUGUUUGAAGAUUUUCUACAUAGACAAAGUUUAGGGUUGUGUAUUGCUGAAAAGAUAGAUAAACUAGACGUAAAGUCUGAUAUGGAAGAUAGUUUUGUUACAGCCAAUCAGAGUAGUAAUCCAAUGAAUUCUUCGUUUCUAAAUUCAUCAUUAUUUCAGUCGAUAAAUGGUUCAUUAGGUCAACGUAGUAUAUCCCCUCAGAUUCUCGAGGAAAAUAGCUUCUUAUGUAAAGGAUUGCCGAAAACCAGUUCUCCUCUAAAUACAUCGGAAAUGGAGGAAAGUUUGCAUUUACCGAAGCAUAAUAUUUACGAUUACGGUAAAAACUACAUGACAUGGUCAAUGGACAGUAGUGAUUUUAUGCAGGAAAGUUUCACUGCAUCGUCAAGUCCCAUGGGAUGUUUGACCGCUUUGUUUACAAAACUUUCAUUGUUAGACCGAUCAAUUCGUCAGAAGAGAAGAUCUGUCAGUUGUAAUUCAUGUAUCGGAGACCGUUCUGCCUCCUCUCCUCAUGAAAAAAAUGGUUCAAAACCCUACAAUUCACCGCCAAGGGGGAUGGAUCCAAUUUCUGAAAAUUUUGAAAAACGAGAUAUUAAUAAGAACAUAGAAUUGAGUGAAAAGAAGCCAGAUGAAAAUUUUUGUAAUGGAAGUGUUCCAACUAGAAUUUGUGAUGAUAUUGCGGAAGAGAAUUCUUCUGAUGAAAAUACCGACCGGAGUCAGUCUCCAGCUUUAUCUAAUCAUUUGGAAGAUAAAAAUGUCUCCUUGUGGAGAGACAUGAGAAAUGACAGUGUUUCCUCGUCAUUAUCAUCACUUAGUGAUGAGGGAGGGAGGUUGGAGACGUGUGACGAGGGUGAAAGUGUUCCAAAGGUUGAAAAUAACAUAAAACAAGAAAAGAAGGAUGUGAUUGUAGAAUCUAAGUUUAACUGUGAUGAGAAAGUAACAUGUGAAACGAAAAAUGACUCAAAAUUGGAAAAAUUGGAGUUUGAAAAAGAAGCAUCUAAUGUUGAUGACUUGACCGAUAAAUUUGAUCAGAAAAUUAGUGUAACUGAUGUAGCUACCUCAGAAUGCUCUCAAACUCCAGAAAGAAAACGAAGAAUAAGUGGUAAAGAAAAACCUACGUAUGUUCACUUGGACGUUGUAUUUGAAAUGAACAAAAACAAAACUCCCGAAAAUAUCUUUGAAGCUAUGUUUGAAGCCGUGAAUGAAAGAAGGAAAUCAAAUAUGAAUUUAGAGGAAAUGGAUUUCAUGAAAUUUAGUGAUGAUGAUUGGAAUCGGGAUUUUGUUAUUGAUUUUGAUUUGACCCAAUCUGACCUUUGUGAAGGACAAGAAAUACAUGCCACUGUGGCUGUAGUGCCAUUAAACAUGAACCUAAAUGAGAUGAAAGUUUUCCCCAGAGUUCCAUUUAAACUGACUUCCUGUGAAUAUUUGAACACUGCUGAUGUUAAUUUUGCCGAUUCCAUUGUGAUUGUUAAUUUGAAGUUUCAUUUUGUCAGAGAACAGAUGAAGCAAGCUCUUCUUGUCAGGAAUUGUUUUUAUCAAAGGAGUUAUUUUAUCAAUGGUCCACUACCAACCAAGACUGACCUUGAUGCCCACAGAGCUAUGGACGAUCACCCCGUCAAUAAAACAGAGUAUCCUUAUAUACAUCGAUGGAGGUCAUUGAUAUCUGCCAGGAUGUCAGAAAUGGGCAAUGAAUGGCCAAGUCCAGCCAGAGUUCAUCAGUAUUCCAAUCUAUCAUCGAGUUUCCCACAGAUUACUACACCCAGAAUGAAUGACAGUUCUAUGUUGUUUCGUAGUCCUCGUACAACACUGAACAAGAUGACCACAACAUGGACCUUACCCAAUGUCCGAACAAAGCUGUUUAAUGGGUCAUCAAAAGAAUAGAAAAAUUAAUUGUUAUUGAUUCCACAACAUAAUUACAUGUUAAAUCUCAAAGGACUUUUCAGUUCAAGACUUAGACACAAAUAUAUUAGAUUGUCUUGGCUAGUCUUUGAAGGACUCUGACACUAAAAAUAGUCCACUCUGCCAGUGAAUAAUACUUACACUGGGGAACUGUAAAUUCAGAAAUCAUUGCGUGCAUUUAGUAUGAGGAUUUUUUUUCAUUUUAGACAUUAAAUGCAAUUUUAUUUUUGAGAUAUUGAGAAAAAUCCUGUUUAAUUCAUAUAAAUAUUAUCUAAAUGUGAGUUUAAAUUAUUGCGAUUAUAACCUUAUAGCAUUUUUUGCAAUAUUAACAUCAUCACAAUAAUUCCUUAAUUUACAGUUUACCAGCUGUGUGCCAAUUUGACACAUGUGGAAGUUCAAACACUGUUAUACUACUGAAUACUGUUUAACGUGGCGGUGAAGCUUUGCUUACAUGGCUUAGUAGAUAGAAAAAUUGUAUAUUCAAUUUAUUCUAGGGAGUCAAUACUUAUAAACAAUACUACUUCAAUCUUUUGAAUUGAUAUUAUUUACAUGUCGUUAAUAGAAGAAAGAUCAUUUGUUCUACACUUACUUAACAUAUUUUCAUGAAUAUUAUAUAAUUUGUCAGAUAAUUUCAUUGAUAGAUUUAACUGUGUACAUACAGUUAUGGGUAAUACUUAUACAAGUGUUUUUUUUAUUUACUGGUUAAUCAUUUUGGAGCUCAAAUGCAAUACUGUAAAUUCAGAAAUUAUUGCAAUGUUUUUAUUAUUGCGAAAAAUGCAACAGGGUUGUAAUCGCAUAAUUUAAACUCGCAUUUUGAACUUUUUCAUAUGAAUGAACAGGAAUUAUUGUCAUUAUUGCAAAAAUUUAAACAGCAUUGUAGUCUAAAAUGACAAAAUCGCAAUAAUAAAUGCACGCAAUAAUUUCUGAAUUUAUAGUAUAAAUAUUAUUACACAAGAACUCAUACAUGUAUAGAAAAAUACAAAAUGAGUGACAGAAAAACACAUCAAUUCAAGAAUGUCUGUGGCACACAAGUUGAAUAUUUCUUGUUAUUUGAAUUUUUGGAUUAGUUUAAAAUUUUGUUUUCAUUGACCAUGGAUUUUUAUAUGGAAUUAAAUAGAAAAUGCAAGAAACUAUAUAUUGUUCUGAGCAUGCUCAAUUUGUUUUGAUUCAAUAUUUUUAACAAUUUCUUUACAACACUAAUUGUUUUAUGAUGACAGAGGAGUGAAGUUGUCUUGAACUUGCAUAAAAAAUCUAUGUCAGUGCUUUAAGGUGGUACCUAAAACUACUGAGAGAAAAUGUUUUAAUCACGUUGUAUUGUUAAGAAAAUAUUAAGCUUCUCAAUGAUCAAAAUAAGUCUUUGUCAAACUGCUAUAUAUCCAAUGAAAUUUUUUGAAGAAAGUGAUUGUUUUUUUGAAAUUUUUAUAUUUUUUCUCAAAGAGUUAAAGGAAAUAUUUUGUCCAAAUUUUGUGAAAAUUAAACGAGCCAAAUUAAUUUUAGUCAAGGUGUUGGGUACCACCUUGAAUGUAAAUUGUAACUCUGACAGAGUUUAUUCAGAUGUGAAAUUAAAGGUUUUUAUUUCAAUAGGGAAUCAGGGUAUUCCAUUCUAACCAGUGUAAUUAUCUGAACAGCUUAUAUAAAUGGAGAAAUUUAUUUAGUUGUACAAGGGCUGAAAUUGGAUUAUGGCAUGAAAUUUCCAUGCUAAUCUGUUUUAUUUUAUUUUGGCAAGAAAGAAGGCAACUUUUUCAAAUGUAAAACUGAAUUAAUAUGAUUUUCUUCAUGUCACAAAAAAAAUAAAAAAAAUGUCAAUUUUUUUUCCAUAUACAUGUACCAUAUAAAAUUAGAUGUUGCUACAAACACAUGCAAACAUUACUGAAUUUACAACACUUUUUUGUUAUUUAUUAUAAACCAAUGAUACCAUCGAAGUAAUUUAACUUUAAUUUCUGUAGAGGGCUAUUUUACUGACUGUAAAAUUGAGAAUGAAAAUGAUUAAUGUGUCAAAGGGACAACAACCAAACCCAAGGCCACCAAUGUGUUUUCAAAAUCCAGCACACAGGGGCUUAUGUAAAUGCUCUUUUGUUCCGACGUUGGAAAGUUCCGGGCGGAAAGAACUAACUAGCUGAAAAGUUCCAGAGGAACUUAUAAACUAAUUACUUUGUUCUUCCUCUGGUUUAAAAGUUCCACCGGAACAAAGUGACUAGUUGAAAAGUUCCAACGGAACAUAUCAACUAGUUUAAAUGUUCCUUUUUGCCAAAUUAGUCAAAACCGAAACUAACAAACUAGCCCAAAAGUUACAACAGAACAUAUCAACCAGUCACAAAGUUCCAUUUGGAGAAUUGAUGCAAAGUAAAAUCACAACAUGUUAUAUAUUUGAACCUUUCAAAAGGGAACCAAGAUACUGUAUACAAAAGACAAAAACUUAUCAACUAGUCACAAAGUUCCACUUUGGCAAAUUAGUCAAAACCGGAACUAACAAACUAGCCCAAAAGUUCUUCCUCAUGUGUGUACUUUUAAAAAUAUCAAUUUCAGAUUAAUGUAUAACAAUAAACUAGAACUUAUUCCGUUAUGAAGGCAACAUUCAGACCGAAUUAACUAGUUGUUCUGUUCCGCCAGAACUAUUGUACUAGCUACAUUGUUCGGGGACUUUUCAACUAGUUACUUUUUUACUGAAAUAACUAGUUGAAAAGUUCCGCCGGAACUAAGUGACUGACGGAACAUAGUGGCUGUUACACUUACUUGAGCUGGCCCCUAAAACAAAAAUGUGUACUAAUUCAGUGAAAAUGGUUCAUAUUUUAUAGAAAAAAUUAUCAAAGCCGUUUGUAGGCAAAUUAUUAUACAGAUGGAGAUGGAAAGAAUGCUGGCUGUAGUAUUAUGUCAUUAACAUUCUUGGAAAACAAAUUCCUGUGUAUAAAGUUGAAAUUAUUAAAUUUAAUUGUAAAUGUGAUACAUUGUUGCUUUAUGUUUGUAUUUCACAUGGAAGUGCUUUUUUUGUGCAACCACAAUGUUUAUUUCAGAGAAAUUACCAGUAUUGUUAGUUAAUAUGUGCCUGUAUUUGUUAUAAAAUAUUUUUAUUUUAGUUAAAAGCUCAAUCAUGUAUCACAAUCGAAACUGUUGCUGCAAUUUUCUGCGCUAAAUCUGUUAUCAUGUAUAAGACUAGGUAUAAUUGAAUAUGAAAUUUUGAUGAAAGUACUUUACAAAUAUGAAUAAUCUUUCCAAAUUAUAUUAUCGGUUUUUGUUGAAGGAACAAAUAUUUUUUUCUGUCACAAUUUUGUGUUAAGAUUGAUCUGAUUUUUUUUCUGUUCAUGACAAUGUUCGUAUGUUUUUCAUUGAAGACAAUAGUAAUACUACCUGUGAAAGUUAAUUGUUAUACAUUUAGUUUUUAUGUUCAAAUAUAGCAGAUUAUUUAAAUUUGUAAUGAAAAAUAAGUAUCUAAUAAGAUAUUUACAAAAAUAUUAAUAUAAGAAUGUUCAGAUGAACUUCUAUCUAAAAAAGAAUGUCAAUGCUUCAAUAUUUGUUGUGAAAAUUAAAUCUAUGAAAUUUUUAGAUGUUUUGCCAAUAUUAUGAAGUGUAUAAAUAUAGUUUUUUCUCUCUCAAAAAUACAAAAGUUUAGGUCACAGUUUUUUUCUAGCUCCAAAUUGUGCAAUAUUGUCAGAUUUUGUAAACAUUAUACAAGGGUAAACCACUGUUGUGUGAAAAGAUAAAUCUAUAAUAAAAGUAUGUUUUUAGAAAAUGAAAUAAAAAUUUGGGUCACUGCACUCAAUUUCAUGGUUUAAAAUGAGAAAUUUUAAAAGGAAAAUGUAUUGAAUAUUCCUCUAGAUAGAUUAUAUUAUCUGAAUUAUCACCCCUUAAAAAAUUAGAUGAACAAAGUUUGAAUCUCACAAAAAACUUGUAAAUAUGUAAAUUCACUCAUGAUAUAGAAUAGAGAAACCACAUACCAGUAAUUUUCUAAUUUUGAAGAAAAAAAGUGACAACUGAACUGCAUUCCUGUUACAAUUUGUGUAUAUUUUUUUUAUUAUAUAAUAAGAUAGUAUAAAGCAACCAUCAACCAAUCCAUAAUCUUCUUAUGACAUUUUUUUCUGCUUUUUUUAAUUACCCAAGAUGGCAGAGGACCCUAUAUCUACCUUACUUUGCAUACUAACCUGACCUCUUUUUUUUACUUCAUUACAAGACUCUAUAAUAUCUGAAAGAAAUCAGAUAUGUUUCCAAUAACCUUCUGACAUCAGGGAACAAUCACAGCUUGUGUGAUUGCAUGUAAUGGUGGACAAAUUUGCAUACUAGUGUAAAUAUUAUUGCCAGGAGUUUAAGACAUCUACAAAUAAGUCUAAUUCUCUUAAUUGUAUUUAUAUCCUUCAUUUACUCUUAUCUACCUCUUUAGUAAAAUUGGCGGGAUUACCAACCAGAGCUAAACUGCUAUUGUACCUUCAUUUAUCAUGAAUUUUUGCUAUAAAAUGCUUCAACUUGAUGAAAAAUUAUGUCUUGAAAUCUUAAAGAUCAAAUCAUGCCUAACAAUUAACUAAGUUAAUUCCACAGAUUGUAUUUUAGUUCUAGUCAAAAGCAUUUACGUGUAAAUCCUACCAAAGGAAUCAGGGCUGUUCCAAAAAUAAAUGUAUGGGGGGAAGGAAUGCACUUUAUAUAUUUUGCCCCACCAUGCAUACAUUCUAAAUUGAAUAUUUCAUUUGAAUGUUCAAGCAAUCUUUCUUAACCACCACCCAUCAAAUUUUAAUAAAAGUGCCUUCCUUCCCCCUAUACAAUUAAUCCUGGAAAAGCCCUCAACUAAAAAAGGCUAUUUUUGAUCAUUUGUUAUUUUUAUUUUUGAAUCAGGUUGUUUUAUAUUGUUUUGGCAGUUUUAAGAUGUCUUAUUUUUGAUUUUUAUUUAAUAUAUUUGUAGUAUAUUGCAAUUAUUUACAUGUAUUAAUAAAUAUUUGUAUUGCA